GUUUCUAGCAGGUGUUUAAAAUGCAGUCGUUAAAAGCCAAAGAUCUCCCGGAGAACCCGAGAGAGCGAUCAAACAUUUUUUCAAUACUAACUUAUUGGUAUACCAUGCCCAUUUUUAUAAAGGGGCGAAAAGUCACGUUGAAUACGAAGGAUCUAUACAGGGCCUUGAAAGAACACAAGUCAGAGACCCUCGGCAACAAAUUGAGCAGUGCCUGGGAGAUAGAACUGGAGACCCACAAGGAGAACGCCAGCUUGCUGAGGGCUCUCCUGCGUGUAUUCGGCUGGUAUUUCGCCUUCCUUGGCCUAGUAAUCUUUGUCUUGGAGGGAAUUUUAACGAUGCAGCCCACAUUUCUGGUGAAGCUGAUGUCUUCCUUCUCCCACGGCUCGGAGUCCAUUGGGACAGCUUAUGCAUAUGCGGCUGGAGUCAUUUUGUGCAAUGCCCUCUGCGUAGCAAUCCUGCAUCCUUACAUGUUUGCCCUCACUCAUUUAGGAAAGUUCAUUACUGUUAUGUGCCUUAAAAUUCGAGUGGGUUUGACCACCAUGAUCUACCGGAAGAGCCUUCGAUUGAGCACGACGGCCUUGGCCAAACUAACUGCCGGGCACAUAGUCAAUUUAAUUUCCAACGAUCUGGGCCGAGUAGACUCGAUUGUCCACUUUACGCACGUUCUUUGGUUGGGCCCACUUCAGGCGCUUUUGGUAACCUAUCUCAUGUACCAAGAGAUUGGAAUAGCUGCAGUGUUUGGCAUGUCCUUCAUGCUAAUGUUUAUACCCCUGCAGAUGUACCUGGGCCACAAGAUCUCGGUGCUUCGUUUGGAAACCGCACUACGGACGGACAAAAGAAUGCGGAUGAUGACUGAGAUCAUCUCCGGCAUUCAGGUGAUUAAAAUGUACGCCUGGGAGCUUCCCUUCGAGCGGUUGGUAUCCUACGCACGCAGAAAGGAGAUCAAUACCAUCCGGCACGUGGCCUAUAUAAAGGGCAUCCUCUCGUCCUUCAAUAACUUCCUCACCAGAGUAUCCAUCUUCAUCAGUCUGGUGGCGUUUGUUCUAUUGGGCCAGUUCCUUACGGCGGAAGUGGCUUUUCUGAUAACCGCAUACUAUAACGUGGUGCGCGUCAAUGCAACAACCCUUUUUCCAUCGGGUAUCACGCAGACGGCGGAGAUCCUAGUUUCCAUCAAGCGUGUGCAGCAGUUUCUGCAAUCUGAAGAGGCAGAAGACUCAGAUACCGAGGUAGGAAAAGAUAUUCAGGAGAAAGAAACACUUCUACCAUCGACUCACCCCGUCAUUACUACUGAAGACUCCCUUCGAUCGAAGGCGUGCUUAACCAUAAGUGGACUUAAAGCCAGGUGGGAUACCAGUGCACCGGAUUACACACUUAGUGGAGUAAACAUGCAGGUCCAUCCCGGCACUUUGUUGGCCAUUGUGGGUCACACUGGGUCAGGAAAAUCCAGCCUUCUUCAAGCCAUUAUGGGAGAGCUGCGCGCCGAAUCUGGCGAGAUCAAUAUCAGUGGAACGAUGUCCUACGCCUCCCAAGAGCCGUGGCUCUUUUCCGGCACCGUGCGCCAGAAUAUCCUCUUUGGCCAGCCCAUGGACCGUCGGCGGUACGAUGCGGUGGUGAAGGAAUGCGCUCUGGAACGAGACUUUGAGCUACUUCCGCUCAAGGACAAAACCAUUGUGGGAGACCGCGGAGCUUCCCUGUCGGGCGGCCAGAAGGCGAGAAUCAGUUUGGCCAGGGCUGUCUACCGGCAGGCCUCCAUCUACUUGCUGGACGAUCCACUCAGUGCGGUGGACUCCAACGUGGCCCGCCAUCUCUUCGAGCAUUGCAUGCGUGGCUACCUGCGGGAUCGUAUUGUCAUUCUGGCCACCCAUCAGCUGCAGUUCCUGCAGCAAGCCGACCAAAUAGUGAUCAUGAAUAAAGGCCAGGUUAGUGCUGUGGGCACCUAUGAGGAGCUUCAAAGAUCGGGCGCCGACUUUGGCAGCAUUCUGGAUGAACCAGAGAGUCACGAGGAGCCGGCGGAGGAACGGUCAAGGACCCCCAGUAUCACAGAGCAGCGGCGAAGCAGUGUGAAAUCAGUGCUGUCCAAUGCGGAAUCCUGUCCAGGGGAUACCCCCGAGGAACAGGUGAAAGAGGUGGGUCGAAGUGGCUUGGGAGUGUUCACCGAUUACUUCAAGGCAGGAGGCGGACUCCUCCCCUUUGUCGUGAUGACAAGCUUCUUUUUGGGCUCCCAGGGACUUGCCUCGCUUGGGGAUUACUUUCUGUCCCCGUGGGUCUCAAAAAAAAGGGAUGUGGUUGUCCAAGAAGACACAAGUAACUCAAAAGGUGCAGAUGACGCAAUGCACGACACCUACAUAUUUAUGCUGAUUACAGUGCUAACCAUUGUUGUGACCGUAAAACGAUCCUUCCUGUUUUACAACUUGGCGAUGAAGGCCUCUAUUCGGUUGCACAACUCCAUGUUUCGUGGCAUUUGUCGAGCUUCCAUGUACUUCUUCAACACGAACCCUUCGGGGAGUAUCCUAAAUCGCUUCUCCAAGGACAUGGGUCAAGUGGAUGAGGUGCUGCCCCCUCUGAUGAUGACGGUCAUCCAGGACUUCCUGUCGCUUGCAGGAAAUAUCCUUGUCAUAUCCAUUGUCAAUCCUCUAUUCCUCUUACCCGCCAUCGCAGUUGGUGUAGUAUUUUAUCACCUGCGCACUUUUUACCUUAAAACUUCGCGGGACGUUCAGCGAUUAGAGGCCAAUGCUCGAUCUCCUGUUUACUCGCAUUUUGCUGCUUCUCUCACUGGACUUCCCACUAUUCGAGCCUUUGGAGCUCAGAAAAUUUUGGAAGCGGAGUUCGAUAGUUGCCAAGAUAUGCACAGCUCCGCUGCCUAUAUGUUCAUCAGCAUAUCACGCGCCUUUGGCUAUUGGAUGGAUAUAUUCUGUUUGCUCUAUAUAGCGACUGUAACACUCGGCUUCUUCAUCUUUCCGCCUGCGAACGGAGCUGAUGUUGGUCUGGCGAUAACUCAGGCCAUGGGCUUGAUGGGUACAGUCCAGUGGACUGUCCGCCAGUCGGCCGAGUUGGAAACCACAAUGAUUUCCGUGGAGAGGGUUCGUGAGUACGAGGACAUUGAGCCAGAGGGAGCCUUGGAGGCCACAGCGGAUAAGAAGCCACCUCAAUCCUGGCCAGAGGAGGGUAAAAUAGAGUUUGAUGAGCUGAGCCUGCGCUACAUGCCGGAUCCAAAGUCGGAAAACGUUCUCAAGUCCCUAAGCUUCGUCAUCAAGCCAAGGGAAAAGAUAGGCAUCGUUGGCCGCACUGGGGCUGGCAAGUCCUCGCUGAUAAACGCCCUCUUCCGACUGUCCUAUAACGAUGGAUCCGUCCUCAUAGACAAGAGGGACACAAGUGAGAUGGGUCUGCACGAUCUGCGCAGUAAGAUCUCGAUUAUUCCCCAGGAACCCGUUCUGUUCUCCGGCUCUAUGCGGUACAACCUGGAUCCCUUCGACGAAUACAGCGAUGAAAAGCUGUGGCACUCCUUGGAGGAGGUGAAACUUAGGGAAGUGGUGGCCAAUAUGGCUACUGGUUUGGAGACCAAAAUCACCGAGCGAGGAUCAAACUUUAGCGUGGGUCAGCGCCAGUUGGUGUGUUUGGCAAGGGCUAUACUGCGGGAUAAUAGAAUCCUCGUGAUGGACGAGGCCACGGCCAACGUGGAUCCCCAGACAGAUGCUUUAAUUCAAACCACCAUUCGGAAGAAGUUCAAGGACUGCACCGUCCUGACGAUAGCCCAUCGAUUACACACUGUAAUGGACUCGGACAAGAUAUUGGUCAUGGAUGGUGGACGGGCUGUGGAGUUUGGGACGCCCUAUGAGCUUUUGACGGCAGCAGAUUCUAAUGUGUUUCACGACAUGGUCACGCAGACGGGACAGACUUCAUACGACUCCCUUCAGACAAUAGCUAAAAAAGCCUUUGAAAAUUGACAUAAUGUGGGUAAAUUCCUUUCUCUUGAGUAACUGUAUAAGAACUUAAACUAGCUUAGAGAUUUAUUGUUAUAAUGAUAAUGUAAAACUUUAAUAAGUUAAAAGUUUUAGAAUCUCUUAUUAUUAUUCCCUUGCAGAGGGUAUCGAAAAUUCGUAAUUUUCAAUAAGUGCUAAAUGGGUUGAGAAGAGACUUGUAUAUUUGAAACUGAAUUUAAAUUACUUUUCCAUUGAUGCCAAAAUGUACAUGAAAUAAUUUCAAAAUAUGAGUACUUUUAACUUUUGUUUUGUCAUAAUACUUAUGCCGACUAGUGUAGUUGGCUCGUUGCAACUUAUCUCCGAUAUCAAGAAGACUUUUGGAAAAGAUUUACAGCGAUAGCUUUGAU